AUGAGAAACCAUAAAAAGCGCACUGCGAGAAAGGGAAGAACGGCCUCUAGCGUGACGCAGAAGAGGGAUCGAACAGCUGAACGAACAACUGGUAGGUUUCAUUUCAGUCUGUUUAUAUUAAAGCAACGUGAGCUUUUAGCUUUAAAAUUAGAGAGUUGCUUUUAACUUAAGUCUAAAUUAAUCUUAUUUGAUCUUUUGUUAUUACAACGUUUUCCUUAAGGAUACACAUGAAUGAGCUUUGAAGAUUUUUUUAAAUUGAUUAAAUUAUUUUACACGUCAAUUCAAGGGCCAGUUUUAUUUUCAUUUCGCUGACAGUUUAUAGAAUCAUACAUUUUUUCAGCUCCUCGCAUUCAUCCCAGUCGUGGAUCUGAUCUUGAGCAAGUCCCAGUGGUUACCAGCCUACCCCCUGCUGUGGAUGGUCAUCUCAGGUGUUUUCUGCGAGUGUCUGUGCAAACAAUUCACUGGAGAAUACCAAAGUAUCCUGAUGACGUUCAAGUACGACUUAAAUGGUGGGGUGAAGAAGGGGAUGGAGUCUUGUUCAGGUGAUUACACACACCCGGGGUACUGCCAUAUAUGGGCUAUAUAGGUAUGUGCCGCUGUGAAGGGUAUGGUUUUCAAGCAGUGUACCCUAGGAUAGGGUGUAUAAAUCAGAGCGUUUGGGACUAGAAUAGGGUAUCAUUUUUCAGGAAACUGAUCAGUUGGUUGAAGAUUUUGUCUAGACUAGGUAAACAGCUACUCUAGGAUAGGGGGAUCUGGGGAGUUUACUCUAGUAUAGAGUAGCAAAAUUCAGCUGAACUAGCUCUGGUAUAGGUUAAGGGUUCCAGGGUCCCAGCGGCACAUCCCCAACCAGAAAUUCCUAAAGUACCCCCCGCCCCGUGGGAUUACACACAAUUAUUUAAACUAUGAAAGUCACCGUUCUGCCCACAGGUAAAAAGUGUAGAGUAUUAAUAUUUGCAUAUCAAACAGCACUAAAUUGAAUGACUGUAAUAAAUUUUUGUCCUUAUCAUUUAUGAUUUAUUAGGCCCAGAGAUGACAAAGCAACUGACCUAUCACAUGUUUCGAAAACAUUUACCUGUGUUCGCUAUGCUGUAUGUAGUGGUCCCAAACAAUUCAGCGCUUACUUAAAAGGUAUUUUAAAUCAGCUGAUGGGAUUUCAGAAAUAUCUACAUUGUAACCUUCAAAGGUUUUGGGUGGCAGGGGCUUUUUAUGAACCUGUCAAGAGAGAACAGCUUAAAAUGAUAUUUAAAACAAAACAGUAUUUCCUGUAAUAAGACUGUAGUGAGAAGUAAAUUUCUUGUUUAGACAUGGGAUCACUGAUAUUUGAUGUAGUUCAUGGUCCUUCGCUGAUAUUGUUGGGACAUGUUCGACUGGCAGAUGUCACACAGCUUUCUGCAAGUGAUCCUAUCCAGGGGUAAGUUCAAAGCUAUAGUAAAUCCUAGGUAAUAUAUCCAGAUGGGUAAGUUGAAAAAAGCUAUAGCGGGUAAACUGAGGUGUUUCAUGCAAGUUUAACAGAACAAAACUAGGAUGCAAAAGUUUUUCAUUAUUUUAAGGUAUUUUCUUUGUAAAUUAUUAAUGAGUUUUUUAUUGCACUGAUUUUUGUUGAAGUUACUGUCAAACUUACCAAACUGUAAACACCUAAAAUAUUAAGGAAUGUUUGUUUCAUGACCAAUCACAGUGACGACCAGGACAUCCAAACAAGUCACAAAACUACAAAUGCUGUCAGUAAUAACUGUUGCUGCAUGUGGCUUAGUUUCCCACACCUGAUUUGCUCCUCUCUUGUAGCACAAUAACAUUCCAGAAAUAUUUCUGGAGCUUGUAGUUUUGAGUUUGACAGUACAAUACUAGUUAGCUAUGGUUGAAAGACCUGGUUUUGGCUCCAUUUCUUAUUGUGAAAUGAAAAGCAUUGGCUACUUUUUUCCCAAAAUAAAAGUAACAAUUGUAAGAGAAGAAGUGCCUUUAUUUACCAUACAUUCAUUUGUACACACAUAACCUAUUACAUUACUACAAGGCAGGAGAUCAAGCAAACUCUGUAGAGCUUUUAGAUGAUCUCUGCAAUGAAAGAUCCCUUUAAACCUUUUUACUCUGUCAAUUUUGCUGAACUCAAACCACCUGCCCAAAGGAAACUACUGGAGAAAAGACAAUUCCUUGCAUUAUGUCUCAAGCUGAGUGGAUUAACUUACAGACUUAACAGGUUGUGAUUUAUCUUUGAUAUUGUUUUAGCUUCUUUGAUGUCAUUUCCUCAACUUCACCUGGUGCCAAAAUAGCCCUGUUGUACAUCACUUUAAGAUUUGAGUCAAUAUCAGGUAACUAUCUAACAUCAACUCAUACAAAGUCAAGACUGUGUUUUAAGAAAAAUUGAAGGGAGCCCAUUACUCUGAACGUGUGAAUCUCAUUUUCUUGACUUCUAUAGCUAUAACAAAUGUUCAUAUUUUAAACUCUUCCAGCAGCAUACAACCAGAUAUCAUCAACCAUACCAACAGUAGACGUGGAAAUGGAUGCACAAAGGAGACGACCUUCUGAUGAAAGUGAUGUCCAGCCUACUCCUCCCCCUCUCUCCUUAAACCCUGCCACACCCAUCACCCAUCCUAGACUGACUGCACAGGACACUGACCUCUUUGUGUCACCAGCACCCCAUACUAAGGUAUAUUAUAUUACUGGUAUACUUACUCUCUUAUCUGAUUCCCAGUAGCAUGCCCAGUGGUCAUUGUAUAGUAAUGUACCAAUUCAAAGAUUCAUUGUGAAGAUACAAGAUGAGAUCAUGAUAUCCUGGGAUUUGUUAUGCCCCAGGACACUGCAUGUCUUAGUGCCCCUUUCCCAGUGCAUUCAAAAUUUCUGUUAUAAUUUCCUGUGUUUAAAAUGUUAUUUAAGUGUUGACUUUUAUAAGCUGCAACUUUUUUUGUUAAUUUUAAGUGAAAGUUACUGUUCAAAAUUAAAUUCAGGUUAAAACUUUUCAACCCAGGUUGAUUCUCAGUUUCCUAUUUUUUUCUCAAUGCCCUAAUUCAUGAAUAAUUAGCACUAGGACACAAAAGAAAUAGAUGAUCAACCUGCUGAAUGUCUGUUGUUUUUUAGGUUGUCAAGUUCGCUCCAAACAGUCCUGAGCGAUUAGAAUAUACAGCAGAACAAUCACAAGAAGCAACUGAUGGAAGGGAAGUUGAGGACACCUCAGAGAAAGGUUUAUACACAUUUCAUUGAAAAUAUAGUUUGGCAAAGUUUUCAAUGUAUGUUUCAAGUUAAAUGGACCAAAACAGAUUUAUUAUAAAGAUUGUGGGAGGUGCAUGGACUGUCUGGACCUAGCAGAUUACCGGUAUAUUAAACUGACCAGUCCAUGCUUUAAGAAGGAAAUGUUAAAAAGAUGUCAUUAUAUGGCUACAAUAGUAAUGCACACUCUGAUUGGCUGCUAACUGGGCAAGAUUUUCUUAUAAUGACCGUGCAUUACUAGCUAGGUGUCCAAUGAGGUGUAGUGCUUUUUUAAAGUUAUCCGCUAACCAGUUAUUAGUUUUAAUCGAUCACAGGCUCAGGCCCAUAAUUUCUCAUAGGCAAAGACUGAGCAGUAGUGAGGUCAAUACAUCAAGGCCGAGUUCUGAGAUUUCCCUGUAAUGACUCUACUCUUGGUUUUAUAAUACACAGUGUAAUAGGCAAGUGAUGAAUUGUAAAUCCUGAAGUUUUGCUAUCCAAGCCAAGUAAUGAAUAGAUCAUUUUUGUACUGUAUAAAAUAUAGGAUACUAUGAAAGAACAUCAGCAUCUGAGUCAGCCUCAGUUAGCAGUCAAGAGCAAGUCCAUGGACCGCAUACCAGAGUGUCAUCUGAUCUUAUUGGUGCAUUACUUAAGCGAGGAGAAAAGCUAAGAGAAGCAAUGGUGACAACAGCUGAUGAAGACAAUGAAUUAGAUGAACCUGGGGUACUUGGUACAUUUGUGGAAAGGUCAGUUGUUACGUUAUAAAAUAAUGGUCUUAUUGAUAUACUGUUACAUCCUUUUGUCUUGGAUUAUUUAAGCCCUAACUUUGACCAGAAUCUAAUUUUUCAUUACUAACAAUGAAAUGUAACUGCCAAAGUAAUCAAGCAUAGGUAACUAGCCAGAUUGUCAGAAAGUUUUGAAGUAGACAGCUGAGUUGUCAAAGAAAGCAGCCAGUCUUAUUUAUUAGGAUCACUGGACAUGUAUAAAGAAUAGUCUUGAAAAUCUCCUUACUGAUUUUAGGGUUCAAAAGGAUUUAUAACAAUCAGACACAGGAAGCCAAAAAAUAAUCUCGUUUGCUUGAAAAUUGUUUUCACUCAAAGAAAAAAUUGGAGCCAUGACAGACCCUAAAUUUUCUUGCUUACUUCCUUUGUUUAAAAAUUAAGAGAAUUCUUACUACCUGGUAUCCAAUAUAUUGUUUAAUUAUUCUAAGUUGAUCUUUAUUAUUUUAGCACUACACCUCCUGGUAAACUGUUCAAGGCAAUUCUUACCUCAAAUGAGGGCGAUAUUAAACCUGACUCACCUGGUGAAGAUGAGAGUGCAUUGAUUGAAUCAGUGUUUUUACAUAAUGAUAAAGCUGUUGACUUAGUGCUUGGUGAAGAAGAUCCACAUUUUAUGAUGAACUCCUCUGACUCCUCACCUGAGAGCAGUGUAGUUAGUGAGGCUGGAGAACCACUCUAUGAUGAGUCACUUUUGAAAGAUUUGUUUUACACUACACCGGUAGGUUUAAAAAAUGUUUACUUGACAAAGUUGAUCAUCUUACUUAAAAGCUGAUCAUGUUAAAACCAAAACAAAAUUUGCAUGAUUUUAAUGGAAGGCUACUUUAACUGUGAAUAUGUCUGUCACCAUUGACCAUGCGAGCGAAACUUUAUUGCGUUAAUUUAUUGUGUCAGUGUAUCAAAUCUUUUCAUGGUAAGGCAAUUUUUUAAAUUUUCUUCUCACCAUGAGAGCGGUCAUUAGAAUGAAGAAAUUAUAUCCCACACAAAAAAUCUCUUUAUUUCAAUUUUUAACAACCUGUUGUAGUUUCCACAAGAAAUAAAAUGGAACAUGAAAAAUAAAAUGUAUGCUCAUGCACACACAUUUUUAAGAUGCUAUUUUUUUAAACUGUAUUCAGGCAGUGGCUUCAGAUACAGAGUCGGAUAAUACAGUCAGCACUGAUGAUGAUGAUGAUGAUGAGCAACCUCUGACUCAUGUCACGUCUUUAAAAUCAAGAAAAGAGAAAAAGGUAACUCGUUCUUAUAUAUUAAAUGUGUUUGUAUCUGUAAUUCAUUGAUACAUUUGGGGAAAAUAAUGGCUAUUAUAAAUUAAUGUGCAGUUAAAAUCAACAAAUUUGUCGAUUCAUGAUGGCAAUGUACAUCCAUCUCUUUUUGUGCAAUUGUUAUUAAAACCGUUGUUAAACAUCCAUUGAGGAUACUGCCACGGUAAACUGUGAAGGGUUUUAUGUUCAAUAUGUAUCCUAUUUUGCAGAAAACCAGGACAGCAAAGGGCAGGCAACAAUUUCCGCAGCAAUUACUCAUACAAGAACGUGAUGAGAAAAUCCAAGAUGUAUCAAGUGUGGAAUAUAUUGAUCCCAAUCAAACCAAUAAUAGUGAUACCCCUGAAAAAUAUAGAGGUGAUCUGUCUUCAUUUGAAUAAAUAAUGCCUCAAAAGAAAUUAUCAUGUCCAUAAAUUCAUUUUCUCAGAACAAAAUUCCCAAGAAAUGGUUCUUGUAAAAAAAUGUCAACAAAGAAAAAAAAAAAACCAGACAAUGGCACACAGCCUAUGGUUCACACUGCUGGUGGAAUCAAUAAAACCUUCCCCAGAGUCCUCAAAAACUCUUUUGGUGGAAAAAUGACACACCAAUUGUGGUUUGUUUUCCCUUUUGUAGAAUCAUUUAAUAUCUUUCUUUUAGAGUUUCAACUAUCACAAAAGAUGACUCAGAGAAUAUAUACGUAGUAUAAUUAUUUUAAGGUCAGCUUUGACCAAAAAAUGUGGAAUUCACCAACGAUGUCAUCCCUUUAAACCAGCCCUUGUAACCACUACAUUAUCUUGUAUCCUGUGACUUUUAUUUGUCUGUAGUCCUGAUACCUGUAUUUUUCCCAUUGUACAGGUCACCACAGUCCAACAAAUAGUUCUGCAGAUUCAUUUCCAUCAACUAAGAACAGCAAGGAGUCAAGUCCAAAUCCUCAUGAAUUCAUUGAAAAUAUUGGUCCUGAGAAACUGACUGCAUUGGGUAGAGUUGAUGCUGCUCGUGUUAUUGUAGAUAGUCUUGGAGUCAAUGGAGAUAAUGUGAAGUCAGGGUAAUAAUGUCUGUAUUUGUGAUGGCGAGUUGUUAAUAAUGUACUGUUAGUUGAUCAGAGUUAGUGUCACACCUGACAUUGACACUUAGAUCGAGUUGCAUACUCCACUGAGAACAGCAACCCCUACAGAUAUAACUGCCUCUUCUCAUUAUUUUUGUUCAGGACAUACUUUGUUGAGUACAGCUUCCCUGCUUCAAUGCUUACACAAAGACAAAAAGAAAACAUAUCUAUGGCAACAGAACUAACCAGAAUUGCAUCAAAAAAGCUCCAAGAUGCAGGUAAAAUCUCAUCGCUUGACAAUAGCAAUCAACAUGGCUGGUCUAAUAAAGGUGGUUUUAGGUUCAAUACCUCAAACACCAGUUACAAAUGUGUGUUUUAAAAUAUUCAUUUAAAUUAGGCAGAUUAACACCAAUAUGAUGGAUGACUUAUUAACAAUGUCAUGUAGACAGACUAGUUAUCUGUAUUGUUUUUGGCUGCUGUGUAGGGUUUUAAUGAAUAGAUUGUUUUGUUUCUCUCUCCAGAAGUAUCAUUCAACCAUCGCUCAGUGUUCCCAGCACUGUUUAAUUCAACUGUGAUAGAUUACUGGUGGAGAAGACCACUGACCUUCAGAGUUUACUUUAGAGAGUCAGGAAAGAGAAUGGUACAUUGCUAUUUAGAAUGGUUGAGAAUUUGUAGGAUAGCUACAAUCAGUUUCAAAAUUGUUGACACAUUGAACUCAAGUAGGGUAACUUCAGAGAACAAAACAAUCCACACCCCUCCCCCUCCCCUCCUAGAAAGGUUGGGGUGUUCUACAGGUAGCUUAAACAGGAGCACAACAUUGCAUGGAGGGAGGGGAUCAUGGGAAAGGAAAAGCUUUAUUUUCCCUUUUUGAAGUCAGUCAAGAAAAGAAAAGACCCUUUAGGGCAAAAUGUCUCAACUAAUCUUGCACUGAUUGUAGGCUUAAACACACCUGGCUGAUAGCAGGCCCAGAUGUAACUCUUCUGUUUGAAUUACAUGAAUACAGUGUAAUAAUUUUACCAAGUAAGUUGACACUGUAUUUCUGUUUAAGCCUGUAGUUGUUGGAGUAGCAACCUUUCCUCUCAAGACAGUUCUUCAAUCUGACACUCUCAGCUCAUCAGCAUCUUUGCAAAUCAAACGCAGUGUGGAUCAUAUUAGACGUGAAGAAUCCAGUAGUUCAUCGUCAGUGUAUCAUGCUUCCUCCUCAGAUGAUCAUCCUCUUUAUGGGGUAUCAUUUGGUCCCUUAUUGGUAAGUGCAGGUACUCCAACCAAGUGUAAAAUCAACAGUUCUUUCUCAUGGCAGUCCACAAAAAAUACUAAAGAAACAUGUCUCUGACAUUUUUAUAACAGCCUUCUCAAAGUCAUUAAUAAUUCAUAAAGAAAAUACAAAGGAAAUUAAUGUUUAAUAGUGUUUGGAAAUCAGAUGAAGAACUGCUCAUUUUUGCAUCCUUAAUUUAUCCUUCUAAAAUCAUUUUGUUUGAGAAGUAAUAUCAAGCAUUUGACACAGUGUUUCAUCACCAGAUGAAACGCUUCGAAGUUCGUCAAAAAUACUGUGCUGUGCAUUGUAUUUUCAAGUCUCUUCUCAGUGUUUUAUCUGGUGAUGAAACACUGCAUCUCAUGCAUGAUAUAUUACUUGAAACAUGAUGCUGUCAAUAACACCUACCUUUAAAUUUAGACAGUUCCUUGUGGAUUGGUAGGGUCAACAUGUGUCAUCAUUUUUUCCUGCCUUAAGUAAUAUUAUUUUACUGUUUCUUAAUAUAGGUAAAAGUGGAAUUAAUGACAGAUGGAAAGAAGCUUCAUGUAAAACCAAGCACUCACAAGAAGCCCCCUCUUCCAGCCACAACAACACCAACAAAGACAGCAGACCAUUUACAGGUUACAAAACCUGCUCAAAUUGUUGGCCAGGUUUUUCAUAAAACAUCUCAUAGUACAACCAAGGCUGCCAGCCUGUCAGACAAAAUGUUGCUCCAAACUUCUUCUAAAUUUGACAGAGUUGAUGAACCUGAAAGAGAGCCUUUAACACUUUUCCUGCUACUUUGGAUACCUGAAGGCAAGGAUCUCAUCCAACAUGGUUACCAUAGUAACCAAGGGCUUGUUACUAAAAACAACUUAUACCUGGUUUGCCGUAUGUUUUGGUGUGAUGAGUUAUCUAAAUCAAGAGUGUGCUGGGGAUCCGCAAAUCCAUCUUUUGGCUUUAAGCAGGUAGGUCCAACCAAGCAAAAUGAGAAACAGAUCUGAUGAAGUGAGCCAUCCUUUGGUGCAGAAUGACUUGCAUACAUACAGCUUAUUUAAGCAAGUUACAUUUAGUUUAAUAAAAAUAAUAACAUUUAUUUAUACCGCACAAAUUCAGCUAUGCAGUUUUCAAAUGCGCCAAAGAUUGUUAGAAAAUGUUUUGUUUAGGAAUUUCUGUUAAUCACCAACCAAAGGUCAUACAUAGCCUACAAACUCAGUUGUAAACCUCUAUUAUCUCCUAAUCUUGAACACUACGCGGGGCAGGUCAACAUCAGCUUAAUUAUAACCAGUGGCACUGAACCAUAUAUUUCAAUAUGUUUAGGUUGCCCCAGUGCUACUAACCUCAUCUCUGCUGCAACGAGUCUGUAAUAACUUUAUGGUGAUUGAAGUUUGGAACAGGAUUGCUUCACAAGACCAUGGUGACCAGGUGAAGUGGGAAGAAAACAAACAGUACUUAUGUGUUUGUUUGUGAAAAGUGUGUUUGUAUUUAUCUAUGUUGCAUGCUUGUGAUAGUGAACCAACAAAUGCCAAAACGAUCAUUUUGCUCUUUAAUGAUAACUCUGUCCACCUAUUGUGAACAUUUCCUAAAUUAUCUAGUAUAUAAUUAUUCCUAUUUGGGAAGCAAAAGAUAAUAAUUUUCUUUUUUUCUAACUUAAGUUGGUAGGACUUGUGAAGUUACCGUUGCACCAGCUGUACUUGUCAUACAGGGAUCCCAAGAUCACUAAAACGCUACUCAAGUCUAAGGUAACUAACACAUUCUGUCUCUGAUCACUGACGGCAGUAAUAAGACAAUAGCUUGUUCCAAUCAGUUAUCAAUGUCUACAAGUUAGUGGUAGGUUAGAUCCAACAAUCUGAAUUGCGAUUUACUUGUGAAUAUUUAAUUGGCUUUUAUUGAAUAAUAGUAUAAAGGGUUAAAUAUCUCAAGUCCUUUCUGCAAAAGCAACUUCCCGUUUGGGAAGCAUAGUCUUACUGCUGUCUUCUUUGAGUGAGUUAUGUUUGUGUGUGAGUUUAUUGACUGAUGGCAAAAAUGGCUUCCUUGUUUCUUUCAGUAUCCUGUUGUGGCCUUUGAUGAGUGGAGUUCUGUUACUAAUCCAUUUACUCACAUCCAGCAUGGUCAACUAAGGGUCCUUUUAGCCAUUGGCUUAGAGGAGCAGGUAAUUUUGUGCACCAUAACAUUGGAUUGUAUUAGCCCGCAGAUCUAUGUAACCUGAUCAGCAAUGUCUGUUUGGGAGGAUGCCAGUCACGCUGGAGGAUUUCUUUUUUAUUUUGUUUAUUUAUACUAGGACUGAAAUACUGAAACUCUGGUUGAAAUUAUUGGGUCCUUAAGUAACUGGUUUUCCUUGCUGUUUUGCAUAGCCUUACUGUUAUAAGGUUGGGUGGAAGUGGGUUAGGGUUAGUUACAUGCAUGUUAGUAGGCUGUAGGGAUGUCUGCGAACUCUUUCCUUUUUUUUUGUUUCAGAUUGCUGCCAUUCUGGCUAUGAAAUGUGGAGGAGAUCUUCCAGUGGGCAUUAGUAAUUUAUGUCCAGAUCACCAUCUUGACAAUCAAAGGUUAAUUUGUAAAAUUGUUAAAUCACAGUUUUUACAUAAUCUCCAGUGAGGUACAUUAGUGAGGCAUUGUGGUCAGUCCUCUAGUAUCCUCAUGAUCAAUGCAGCAUUUUUGUUGAGCAGUUAUUGACUUACAUCUUUUUUAAUUCAAUUUGUAGAGUGAGCAGUAGAGAUGACCAUAAAGGUUUGCAAGAACUUGGUAAGAUAGUGAACUAACCUCUUAACUAUCUCUACGUCAGUUACAAGCUAAACCACAUAUCCUAACAGACUCUUAGAAACUUACUGCCAAAAACUGUGAGCAGUGUGGUUAUUUGGUGGCUACUUUUAAUGUGAUUAAUCGUCUGAAUGAAGGCACCCUGGUUUUGAGAGAGGGUUGAAGAUGAUUUGUUGUGCUUUCUUGACAGUCGAACAUCAGUUUGAGAUCACAGUUGAGGACAUAAGAGGCUUGUGUGUGUUUGGCAGCACUGUUUGGGGUGAAACAGACUGUUUUGUGCAGUAUCACUUUCCAUUCCAGAGGGACUUGCAACAUAGUGAUUUUUCAAGUGAUGGUAAGAUCUCAAUUUCUUCUUUGCCAAGUGAAAGGCCAUUUACACUCUGGAAUGGAAUAAUUCCUGUGAUAUUUUUUUUAAGCGAUCCCAAUCCUUCAACCACAUCGCACCCCUACAACACUGUGUGUCCCUGAUCCAGCGUUCCAUGAUGUCACAAGACAUGCUUUUAAGCUUCCACAAGGUUUCCCAGUCCAGAGACACUUGCUGGCAGCAUUCACCGGCUCAAGACUGGCUGCUACAUCUGUACCAGGGUCAGGUGGAGUUCCUUUUGAACUGUGGAGAAGAUACUAUUACCCAAACAUUAGAGACCAGAUGGUGGCAAAGGUGGGUUGCUAUCUAGAUUCAAUAAUAUAAUGAUAACAUUAUGCUCAAAAAAAUAUACAAAUUUUGACUAUAUAAAUGCUGAUUAAGCUACUUAUUUUAUCUAAUUACUGUACAGCUUUACAUAAGACGUUUACAUGUUCAGAAUGGCAUUGCAGAGUCGCCAUUAUUGAGUAGCACAGAAAGUUAAGGCCGUUUUGAUGAUGCAUACCUUCUGUAAGUUUAUAUGAUUGAGUUUGGGCAGUGAAAUCCUCAUAGAAGCACUCAGAAAAGAAGUCUUUUAUUUUUAUUGUACUGCUGUUUUAAAUGCCUUUGGAACUUCUUAGGGGUAAUCCUGUUGUACAUUCUUCUAAUCCAGGCCAGUCUUCCACUUGCAAAGCUCUGUGCAAUGGUGACAAUGCAGAAACAAGGUGAAGCUAACAUCCAGAGCUUCUCUUUGCCACUGACAGUCCUUGCUGGUGAUGAGGUGGAUGGCAUGCGACAGGACAGGGUCCGUGACACUGGGCUGCUUGAUGUUACUGUAAAGUAUCAGCAGGUGGUAUCCAGGCAUCUUAAAGAAGGACAAACGACCCUGAAGGAAGAUGACAAUCAAAUUUGUCUAUCACUUGAAGUGAUUCAAGCUUGUGGUCUAAAGGUGAAUGGUCUUUGGACAUCCUUCACAAUUAGCAAAGAAGACAGAUAGCAAUUAAUUGAAAUAAAUUAUUGCCAUCUCAAUAUUAAUAUGAAUGUGGUCAUUGUAACGUUGGUGAAGCAUCAAAAAGGUUUUUUUGCAUACUUGCUCCACCAUUUUCUUCUCGGUGUACUUUAUUUGCUGCUUUUUCAUUCUUUCAGCAGCUUGUCCCCCUGGGAAAGGCACAGACUGAUCCUAGACUAUCAAUUAAGCUGUAUUUUCCUUUCAAGACUGCAUAAUUAGUCUUUUACCAACACCAAACAUCUCCUCAUGUACUUUUAACUGUGUUGUUGCUUCAACCACAGGCAGCAGCAAGUCUACAUGCCAGAUCAAACCCAAACCUAUCAUACCCUGCCAAGGUUGGUGUCAAUACUUAUAUUGUGAUCCAUUUCCCAUUUGGACGAAAGCGUAAACAUGUGACGAGGACUGUGGCAAGAACAUUUAGCCCUGAGUUCACCUAUAGUGCAGACCUGUUGUUACCGAUAGUAUUGCCAGCAGGCGUUGGAGGAAAGAAACAGCUAAGCUUAGCAGAACAACUGGAAGACUCUGCAAUCGUUUUUGAAGUUUGGUUAGUAUUCAGGUUCAUUUUUCUUUUGCCUGAGAAACAUUUCCCUGAGAAAUGCCACCUCAGGCCCUGGUUGUUCAAAAGCUUGAUAGUGCUUUCCACUAGAUAAAUCUCUGUUCAGUGGUUAAGUACAUGUAUUUGGGAAACCAAGUGCGUUAUCCACUGGAUAGCGCUCUCCUCCUUUUGAACAACAAGGGCCAACACUUUUUAUUAGUUAAUGGAAAGCAAAUAGAAGAAGAGCUAGGGUAAAGCUUUCAUUGAACAAUCACAUACCAUGUAAGUGGCUAAGGAGUGUUAAGAAAUGUUUCUCAUGACUUCGGGGUUUGAAUUAGCCAGGUGGAAAAUAGAGGAUUUACAGUUAGGAAAACUUACAAAGUAUUACUUCUAACCAGGCAUCAAAUGUCACGAGGGAUGAGUGGUAACCAGGUGACAAGAUCAGGUGACUAUGGCAAGGGUGGUAGGGAAGGAGACGUGUUGCUAGGUGUGGGACGAGUACCACUUAUUAUGCUUCUCACACGUAAGACAGGUUAGUCCGUACUUUAUUUGAGAACAUUUUACGUGCAACUGUAUUCAUAAAGUUCAGUUGUAGAAUUGUCACCAUCCUUGAUUGAAAGUGGUAGCAUGCUAUUGGCUCUAGGGAAAUCUGGUUUCCAUUUUGUACUGACUAUUUGUGGUCGCUUUAUGACAUUAAUGUAAAAUUUGUGUUAUUCAGGAGUCAAAGGAUGGUACCCAAUAUACCCUCCUACUGAAAGCGACGUUCAUGAUGCGUCCUCUCAUGAUGACCCUGAAAAGACCAUCGGGGGAGUGGAACUACGCAUUGGUUUCUCUGAGAAAGAAGACAGAGAUCAUGUCGUACAUAUUUCAAGAGGAGUUGGUUGGUCACCAUCACCUGGGGUAGAAUAUAUUGACGACAGGUUAGGUGAGGAUGAAAUGUCUAAAGAGGGACACUGGGAGUUCUGCUUGAAAAUUAGCAAGGCGUGGAUUCCUCCUUCAGAAAUGAAUUCCAUUAACACCGCAACAAAGAAAGAGGACAGGAAUGUAAAGGCUUAUGCAAGAUAUAAGCUCCAUAACAAAGGUAUGGACAGGAUUAUGUCAUACAUUCUCCAUUUGUAUGUAUGUAUGUAUGUAUGUAUGUAUACCUAAUUGGCCACUCCCCAUUGGGGCUUUUCAGGACCAAUGUAAACAAAUAGUGAUAAAUAAACAUAUAAAGGUUAAGAAUCCCAACUGGCGGGAGGCAGACCAGUUGGCUAUUUACAAGCGUAGACGAGAAGUUGAACUUGGGGCUACCAAGAACAACAUCAGCUAGCGGUCAGAACGGGAUUUGAACCCGCAACCUACGGAUUUCAAAUCCGACGCUCUAACCACUCGGCCACGCUGCCUCCUGGAUUUCAUUCCUCCAUUUCAGUUGUUUGUUUAUAUUUUGUCUAUGAUGCAUAUUUGUCCCAGACAUCUUUAUUGCAUAUAAUUAAUUUGUCUGUUAAGAUUGGUGGUAAAUCAGAAGGAACUAUUUGACUGAAUUAUUACAUACCUUAUUGGGAUCACCUUACUGCCUUUGUUAUUUUUCCAUGUAGCUCCCAUUGUCUCACGAUUAACACCUGUCAGAGAUAGUGGGGAUGGUAAAUUCAUCUGCGAGCUGAAGCACUGCAAAGAAAUCAUGUUACCAGAGACGCCCUCUGUCACCUGGUACAUGAGGGAAGAGAAUUUAGAGAUCCAAGUCUGGCUAAGUAAGAGAAGACAUGAUGCUGAUAGCAACUCAAGAAAAAGAGACAGAUUAAUGGGCUCGGCGUUUGUAGAUGUUUCAUCUAUUCUUAUCAGCCAGCAGAGGAAACGUAGGCAAAUCAGGUUUCAAUCCAUUAAAAUGUUUGGUUAAAAUGUCCUUGAGUCUUUUUAUUGAAUCCCUGGCUUUUUUUGCUCCUAGUGUGAAGUAUACUGAAUUUGUGGUCUCCAUCAAUCCCUAACUUACUUUAAAACCCGACAUUGUUUGUUAUUUUGCAGUGGACUGUAUCCUCUUUUCAGGUCUGGAGCAAGUGACUUGUUUGGUGCAUGCAUUCAUGUACAGGCAGCUCUUAAAUGGUGUUAUGUGAAUAGCAGUGACCAAGAGGUAAGACAGACGUGGUUUCAUGUGUUAAGCCAUCUUCAACAACUAAUGUCAUAAAGACAUUCAUCCUUGGAGUAAAUUGAAAUACUCAAAGUAGGGUCACUCACACCACCCUGGAGUUCUUUGUAUAUACUUUCGUUUAAUUUGUACACUUCAAUUAAUUAAGUCUUCCACAGCCACUAUUAACUUUCUUGGGUAUUCAUUUUAGUUUUAUAAAUAGCGGAAAGUUACUUUCAUCCAUUCUGGAGAAUAAUGAACCACCUUCGACGUGUUUUUUUGAGUCUGGCUCUUCCUAUCAUUGCAAAGCUAAUCUCCCUUCAUGUCACUCACUCUAGUUACGUGUUCUUGUAUUAGCUGCAUGUGGACUCUUUCUUAGGUUAUUAACUUGAGUUCAAGCGACUGGAUUAUCACUUCUUCAUUUCAGUUUGACCUUUCGCAAGACAUAUUAAAUUCAGAUGAUUCAGUUAAUGAUGCUUCCCCUCUCGAAGAUUCUGACGCAUCCAGCAGUACCAUUAAGUCGACCCAGGAUCACUCUGCUAAACCAAGCCAACCAGAAACACAGCUGCCAGUCAUUGACUCAAAUAAUGAUGACACUUUCACCGCUCAUGUUAUCAUUGAACAAGCUCUUCAUCUUCCUACUGUUCCAGGAAGCAAUGGUGAAAGGUAACAUGAACGCUUUAGCUGGCACAUUCCGUAAAUCUAUUAAGCCUUCUCAGGUUCACUGCCAUCUGUGCUUCUCAAGUUUAAAGAUGGCCAAGUAAGGCACUGUUUUCAUAGUGUGAAUUGAUAAACAACAGUCCGGGAAGCAAUGGUGAAAGGUAACAUGAACACUUUAGCUGGCACAUUCCGUAAAUCUAUUAAGCCUUCUCAGGUUCACCGCCAUCUGUGCUUCUCAAGUUUAAAGGUGGCCAAGUAAGGCACUGUUUUCAUAGUGUGAAUUGAUAAACAAAAGUUUGUUUGUUUGUUUGUUUGUUUUUGCAGAACAUUACCAAGUGUGUAUGUUUCCUAUCAAAUGCUUCCUUCUGUACCUCCUUCAUACACAUCUGUUGUUGAGUCCUCAUCCAACCCUACUUGGGAAUAUCAGAAACUGGAAAGGAUAAGUUAUAGCUCACUUAACACUUCACAGGUGAAUGAAGCAUUGUGUUUUUCAUACUUACUAAAAAGUAUGUGUAAGUCUACUUUGCAGUGUUUUAACUGCUGGACCUUCUCCUAGUCGACAGAUUAAUCAAUCCUUCCACUUAAAGGUCACAUAACAUUCACUUCCCCUUAGGUGGCAGUAGCAUCUGGAUGAUGCUUGUUUUAGAUGGAUUGAUAGAAGGGACCCGUUAUUGGCAACACCCAAAGUGAUCUCAGUUAAAUUUGACAGUGUCUAAUUUUUGUUGUAUUUUUUUUCUCUGUUAGGGUCUUGAAUUUAAGGUUUGGCACACUUCGGGCAAGUUCGAGGAAGGUAUGAUUGAGUUUCGAUUACAAUAAAUGCAGCCAAUCCAAUGGAGCAAGGGAAAUUACAUAGGGACAAAUUGAACUACAGUCAAAUCCCAUUUUAGGGACACCCGGUGUAUACAGACACCUCGUUAUUAUGGGCAGUUUGCUUUGUCCCUGGGGAAAGAGGCCCUUACAUUUUCUCUAAAUUCAACCUGCUUAAAGGUACAGAAAAACGGGUAACAAAAAACGUGCAACUUGUUUUGCAACAUUGCUGCAAAACGAGUCGAAUAGAGAUGUUGCGCGUUUUACCACCCAAAUAAAACCUGUCUUGUUACAAAUCAGUCCGUACCUUAAUUCGGACACUUGUCUAUGGCCCCCUCGGAGUGCGUAUUGAAGGGGUUUGACUGUAUUAGGUUGGAUACUGCUACACUCAUGCUUCUCGUCUUAGACUUAAGAGUACGAGUUAUUUCACUGAUGAAAUAAUCAGGUGUAUAUAACUUUUCCUUGCAGGUCACACCAAAAUGCCUGAUUCUACCAGAGAGAAUCCAGAUAGCUCCAGUGGUGCGGACCGAGUUCUUGGGGUCGUGUUAUUUGAUUUAUCACCACUGUUGGCUGGUAUGAGGCAGCUAAUUGGAUGGUACAAUGUAACCGAUUUUAACGGAGACUGCAAAGGACAGAUCAAGGUAUUUUGAUCAAAGCGAAAGUUUAUCAACCGAAUUUAUGAUAUCCUGAGAUCGGAUGAAACACAUAUUUAAAUGUGAAACAAAGGCUCUCUAAUGAUUAACAAUUUUUGAAGGGAUUUAAAAGCAAAACUUUGCAAGAUUUGUCCAAACCUUCUUCACAAUAGUUGUCUUGUUGUUGAUGUUGUUGUUGUAUUUCAGAUUGGUGUUUCACCUGUUAUCCCCGUGUCUCCUCCACGAUCUUUACCUGCUUCAAGGCAGCGGCUUCACCUCCCAUCUUCCACGCAGCAAGAUGUGAGUUAACUUAGUUCUGCUUUUGGACUUUCAACAGUUUCUAUGAUCUAGAAAAGAUUCAUAGUUCCACUGUUUUUACUUAGGUGUACCUGCUUUUCUGAACUCGUAAAUUGUGACAUUUCCAAAACCGUAAAUAUUUAUUGCAAACAUCAGUGAUAUUUUUUAGCGUUUUUGUAUUGUAAAUUACCAAUUAUUACUUUAUCGGUUAUUAUAUAUUACCGUAAUUACUUUUACACUAAUUUUAAAAUACACAUGCAAGUUUUAACGAGAACAUGAUUAUGUACUCACCUGUGUAUACUACUUUGUGAUAAGUGUAUUCAUAAAAUUUAACUGAUUGUGUAAAAUAUCAUUCUGUCAAGGUUACGUUCACUCAAAGCUAUAAUUAAAGUAGCCAGUUCACAGACCCUCUCUUUUCUCUUAAAAGCCUCUUAAGUGCGCGUGAUAAAAAUAAAAACAGCAGGGAAUUAAAUGACUGCUAGCGUUAGGGGGUAGAGGUGGGGGAAGAAGGAAAUAAAAAUAAAAACAACUAGUUCUUUAUUUUUCUUUCUCGCGCUCCGCGCUCGUUGUCGCGUUUCGCGCUCGCCGAUUAUCGAAAAGAAAAAUAAAGCAACGUCUGUGUACAGGCUAUAAUUAAGGUGGCUCGACAUUUAUUUUGAAGGGCACACUUUCUAUCUUUGAACUUCUUAUUCCGAAGUAGCUUGAUCUUAACAAAUGAAUAACACAUUGACUGACACUAUAUUAUAUUAAUUUUUACAAGACUGGAAUUAAUAUCUUGGACAAUUCAGUCUAUAAAACGCGUCCUUAAACUAGCUUGUAUGAAUGGAUUAUCCCUAUAUAAAUGAACUAGUUGUUAAGUGAACUCUUCUAAUUACUCACUUUAUUCACUUCAUUCACUUCUUUUAUUCACUAAGCUAAUCGAGUUUGGUUGUAGGUUGAGCUGACUGACUCGUCGUCUCUAAUCAACCAGAGCGAAUCACAUCAAAUGAUUCAUCAGGAUGGUUCAGUCCUCAGAUUACACACAGACAAAAAACCUCAGGAUGAUCAAACCAGUGGCUUUAGACCACAUACACUUGAUACUGCCAUUCACACACUGGAUACAGAUGUAGGAACAGCGCCAGUAUCUUCCACUUCCUUCCUCUUGUCCCAAUUAAGGUGCGUAGGCUACUUGUUUUCUCAUCAAUUUUUUUGGUUGGAUUUUUGAACAUGUCUUGCUAGUUGAUACGCUCUUUCAGUUCCUGAUACCAUGUGAUACUGUUCGUCGAGUGAUCGGGGAAACACUUUUUUCUGUCAUAGCUAGCUACUUAACCGUGUUUGUCGAUAAUUUCGAUCAUUUCCUUAUCGGAUAAAAAAUAAGCAGACACAUUAGAAUUGGUAACACUAAUCGCUAUUAAUAUAGUACCGUAAGAGUGAAAUUGAUACGCAUUCUUCUUGUCACUAAGACUCGGAAAAUGUUGAUGAUUCGAUUCCAACUGAGACAUUAUGCCCUUUAAACUAAGGUACCCAAAGCAUUCUUCCAUAAACGAUGCAUGCGAGUUCCUUCUGUGUCAGUGUAUGUACGAGCUUAUAGACUUAAGUCAGGCUUUCUUUUUUCCUUGUGUUCUUUUCUUAGACAUAGCAUGAAGGAGUUGGAUGUUCUACAGCAAAGCUUAAACGUCAAGUUAAAAGCUGGCAGUGCGGUAGGGGAUAGCAGUGUUCUCCCUCAGGAACGCCAAUCCGUUGUUGCUUUACCAAGUUUUUUCUCAGACACAGUUGCCACAAGAGAGUUAAAGGGUUCAGAAACAAUUCAUGCCAAACACAGAAUUGCUGAAGAACCUGAUUUGAGGAGUAAAACCGCCUCAGAAACUGAACAUAAGGAAAUGGAAUUUAGACGGGGAAUAGUUUCGCUAAAUGAUAAAGAAAUCAUCACUCCUGGUGAUAGGCGGUUGCUGUCCUCUCCAUUUUCUGUUCGUGAUGAUACUGUUGAAGGAACUGGAGAUACGAUCAAACAGGGCGAGGUGGAAGCAUCUAGUAGCAAAGACAUUUUAGACCCUCAUAAAAGUGAAGACGAAUGUGUACUUCAAAAUGCAGAGGGUGACAGCUUCUUCACUUUCAAGGGAAGGACUUCUUUAAAUGAAGGAACAAACAAGAGAGACCUCUUUCCUUUUGAUGAAGAUAGAAAAGAAAAUAUACGUCCUAAUCAGGGAGUUGACAGUUUCUUCGGUUUAGAGAGAGACAAGUCUGCUGAAAAUCGGAGGCCUUCAAUUGAUAGUGAGCUAAGUAUUAGUGAUGUCUAUGAUGAUCUCUCUGUUAGUGGAUAUGUCCAGGAUAACUCGAAAACUGCAAGGUUUACUGACAUUAAAGACAGUUGGCUAAGCAGCGAAGAUGAAGACAUACCAGAACCUGUAGAACAGUCUGAAAAUCCUGGUCUGUCAAAAUCUCCUUCCGAAAUUUCUUCAGAGAGUGAUGCAAAUGGUGAACUGAACAAUGGUGCAGCGUCGUUGCCAAGCACUCAAGAACUUUAUUUUAAUCCUGAUGCUAAUAGUGACGAAGUGAAAGACAAGGAAAUAGUUGAUAGCAGUAUGAAAGGGGACCAACAAGGUGUAAGAAGGAGGAUAAUCAUGGACAACCUGGACUUCAUUGAUAAAGCUAGUGCUGACGUCCCUGGUGAAAGUGCCGCUGGUCGGUCAGUUAAUAGUGGUUCAGAUGCCAAAAACGCAACCUUUCAAACUGAUGAAGAAAAUGACUACAACUCUCUCGUUUAUCACAGAAAACCACAGUCGAGAGAACUGCCAACGAGCCCAGCUCUGUCAGUUCCUCGUUCUGGUCAUCAUCUGACAAACACUUUGCCGAACUUUUUUAUGCCUACAGAACAAUUAGUAGAGUCUAUGAUGUCGCUAAGAUUAGGUUCCUCAAAUCAAAGAUACGGCAGUACUUCACAUUCCAAACUACUGGCUCGUUCCAGUCAUUUGAAACGUGACGGCCAACACACAAAAGGGAACUUAACUGAACAGUUCACUAAACGCAAGCCUGUUUACAAAGUAAGAAGAGACGAAAGACCGCCAAUAUCUAGAUCAGAGGCAGCUCGGAUUGCUAAAAUUUUCAAUUCUGAGAGUGUUUAG